GGAUCAUUACAAGAAAAGGAGGAGAGUGAUCUGGACUUUGUUUCCUCACAAAGCCCCAGUGUCCAAGAAUGGCUGGUACAAGCAAGAACCACUCGCUCACAGCAGCAGCAGAGCACCCUGCAGCAACAGAAAGAGCUGGAACAAGAGCUAGAAGAGCAGAAGAAUUUGCUUCGGUCAGUAGCAUGCCGUGGAGAAGAAAUCCUAACACAGCAAGGUGCUCCAGAAGGCCUAUGUAUAAGUGAGAAGCCUGAUAAGCUCUCUGAGGAAUUAGUCUUGGAAGGAGAAAAGCCAUCAUCUGAAGAACAGAGGAAGAUGAAAUGGGAAAGCCUGAACCAGGAAUUCAAUACCAAGCAAAGGCUGCUCCAGAAGGCUUUGGAACAAGAACAGCUGCAGUUUUAUAGCAGACCAAACAGACUGGUAUCUGGAAUGCCUUUGUAUAAGGAGGAAGGACAGGAUGAAGAUAAAUCUUCAGUGUCACCAGUAUUGGUUGAAUUGAAUCAGGCCUUUGAAGAUGUGUCGUCUGAGGCUGGACAGCUGGAGGAGAGCCUGCAUCUUGAACAGAAGCUGUAUGAUGGUGUUGCAGCCACCUCCUUGUGGCUAGAUGGUGUGGAAGAACAGGUCUUUGUUGCUACAGCUCUGUUGCCAGAGGAAGAAACAGAAACAUACCUCUGCAAGCAAGAGUCUCUUGCCAAAGAAAUCAAAGAGAUAACAGAAGAAAUGGAUAAGAACAAGAAUCUGUUUGCUCAGAUAUUUCCCGAGAAUGGUGAUAAUAGGGAUAUUAUAGAAGACACUUUGGAUUGUCUCCUGAGAAGACUGACCUUGCUGGAGUCAGUAGUAAACCAGAGAUGCCACCAGAUGAAAGGAAGGCUUCAGCAAAUAUUGACUUUCAAGAAUGAUCUGAAGCUUCUGUUUACAUCUGUGGCUGAUAACAAAUAUUUAGUUCUACAGAAACUAGCAGAGGCAGUUGAGAGACCGGAAACAGAGCAAAUGCAGGUCAUACUGCAGGCAGAAGAAGGUUUGAAGGAACUAGAUACUGGAAUUAAUGAAUUAAAGAAGCAUGUAGACAAGCUACAAAUUGACCAAGCUUCUGUGCAAGAGCUGUCUAAGAUCCAGGAUAUGUAUGAUGAGCUUAUGAUGAUCAUUGGAUCCAGACGGAGUGACCUGAAUCAGAAUCUGGCUCUUAAGAGGCAGUAUGAACGGGCUUUGCAGGACCUGGCUGACCUGUUAGAAACAGGCCAAGAAAAGAUGGCUGGUGACCAGAAAAUUAUUGUUGCUUCAAAGGAAGAGGUUCAGUCACUACUUGACAAACAUAAGGAAUAUUUUCAGGGGUUGGAGUCUCACAUGAUCCUGACGGAAACGCUCUUUAGAAAGAUGAGUAGCUUUGCCCUCUUGAAGGAAACUCAGUCACAUUCAGAGCUAAUGACACAAGCUUCAGCUGUAUUAAAGCUGGCUCAUAAACGAGGUGUGGAGCUGGAAUACAUUCUAGAGACCUGGAUGCAUCUGGAUGAGGAUUACCAGGAACUUACCAGACAGCUGGAGACUGUUGAAGGUAGCAUCCCCACGGUUGGUUUGGUGGAAGAGACGGAGGACAGGCUUACAGACCGGAUUACACUUUUUCAGCAUCUGAGAUCUAACCUGACUGAAUACCAACCUAAAUUAUACCAAAUGCUAGAUGAUGGGAAAAGGCUCCUUUUUUCUGUUAGCUGCUCGGAUCUCGAAAGUCAACUGAACCAACUAGGAGAACGCUGGUUGAGUAACACCAGCAAGAUUACCAAGGAGCUUCACAGACUGGAGACAAUACUGAAGCACUGGACAAGAUAUCAGAGUGAAUCAAGUGAACUGACACUUUGGUUACAAUCUGCAAAGGAGCGUCUUGAGUUUUGGAGCCAGCAGUCUUUGACAGUUCCUCAGGAACUGGAAACAGUCCGAGACCACCUAAACUCCUUUUUGGAGUUUUCAAAAGAAGUGGAUGCUAAAUCAUCACAGAAAUCUGCUGUCCUGAGUACUGGGAACCAGCUCCUCAGGCUAAAGAAGGUGGAUACAGCAGCAUUGCGUGCAGGAUUGUCCCACAUUGACAGUCAGUGGACAGAGCUGCUCACACAAAUCCCAGCAGUACAAGAGAAAUUACACCAGCUCCAGAUGGACAAAAUUCCUUCUCGCCAUGCUAUCACUGAAGUUAUGAGCUGGAUUUCCCUGAUGGAAAAUGUCAUUCAGCAGGUCAGCAGGAUGAAGAGAAUAUAAAAAAUGUAGUAGGACAGAAAGUCAUUCAGGAUUAUGUCCAGAAGUACAAGGGUUUCAAGAUAGAUUUAAAUUGCAAACAAUUGACAGUAGACUUUGUGAACCAAUCAGUGCUACAAAUUAGCAGCCAGGAUGUUGAAAGUAAACGUAGCGACAAAACUGAUUUUGCAGAACAGCUUGGAGCAAUGAACAGACGUUGGCAAAUCCUGCAAGGCCUGAUAACAGAAAAGAUCCAGCUGUUGGAAAGUCUGCAGGAAUCCUGGACAGAAUAUGAAAAUAACGUCCAGUGCCUAAAAACUUGGUUUGAAACCCAAGAGAAGAAGCUGAAACAGCAACAGAAAAUUGGAGAUCAGGCUUCAGUACAGAAUGCUUUGAAAGACUGUCAGGAAUUAGAAGAAUCAAUAAAAACAAAGGAAAAAGAAGUAGAAAAUGUAGAACAGAGUGGUCUUUCUUUGAUACAAAACA